UUUUUGACUCAUCAAGGUUGAAUAUUGACCCAGAAAAAAGGGGAAUUAGGAGGGAUUAAAUGGCCGAUAUCAGAUGGGAAGAGCUUAUCUAAUGUAAAGAAAAGCAGGGCCCAAAAAGAGGUGGUAAAGGGUCAAAUAAUACAGAGCAGAUCAAUUUAAAGCUACCUCUUUGUAUUGGCUAACGUGUGUAUCACUCUUACCACCAAGAAAACAAAGUAGCUACAAGCACAAAAACGAUGUCUGAUGGAGAAAGAGAAGAAAAGAAAAAAAAAGAUGCCAAACAAAACAAAGCCUAGCAAAAAUGGACUGGCUAAAGCCUUGAUUGGGUAAUCUUAGUGGAGUCUGCAGAAAUUGCUGCUGGCGCACCCAAAUGAAAAACAAGAUUAUGUAGAGUCGAGAGUCCUAGAAAGAAAGAGAGAUAGGGAAUCUGAAACACACUAAAAGGACAAGUGCAGUGCUGUGGACCAGCAUUCUUGCACUUUAAUUCCUGCAGCCCACGAAAGAUCAAGGGGUCCCCCUCUCUUUCUCUCUCUCUCUCUCUCUCUCUCUUUCUUUUCUAUUCUGUUUCUCUUCCUUUUGCUCAUUAUCUUAAGCCUAACCCCAUGUUUAAGAGAUUCUGUAAUUGAGGUUUUGUGUCUGAUGAUGUGACAAAUCUCAGACCUGAUCAAAACUGUUCCGGAAAUAUUCCAGGCAAACAAGCCAACUUUCAGUUCGCAGGACAUACUAAUAUUCAAUUUUUUUUUCUCUCCUUGCUUACUGUCCCGCACAUAAAAUUUGCAUUAGCUUUUUGCAUUUGGGGUUUGUGGAGAGUUGCAGAGAGUGCAGGAGAAAAGAUGAUAGUUACAAACAAAACAAAGUGCUAGGGAGAGGCAAUAAUGAGGAGCUGGACCAGUUUGCAGGGUCCGAGAGAGAACUAACAUGGCCUUGUCGGUUGUUCUGCAAGAUUACUAGAUCUCUGAUCAGUGUCACCAGUCUCUAAUAGCCAUCACUGGUUGCAAACAAGCCCACCAUGUUCCUUUGAUAGAUGGAUUUUAUGGGCUUGGAUGGGAUACGGUUGGUGGGUUUAGCACUAAAACGUGGAAGUCAGAAUAAGAAAGAAGGAAAUAAUUUUGGGGUUAGCUAUUGAUUAUUCCUUUGAUUAAGAAUAGAUGGUGGCGAAUUAGGGUUGAAAAGAUUGCAAGGAAAGGUUUUUAAGAAAAAAAUCAGCAAGGCCAUGAUGAUGAUGAUGAAGAUGGGUUUGAAAAGAAACAUAUUACUAGUAUAUUCAGGUUAAUAAGGGGUGGCUAAGAUCAAGGUUUUACAUUGGAAAUCUGAGUUAAUGGAAUUGAGAGGCCAAGAGGAAAUGGGGAUGCCAAACUCUUUUAGUUAUAAUAAUCAACUCAACAGGGAUUCUUCCUCAAAAGUUUCUUCUUCUGCACCUAUAAAUUCAGCUGUAGGAGAAAGAAGAAGAGAUCAAACCAUUCAUGGCACUGACUCAACAAUCCUCAAUCGAAAUCCACCUCAAACCCUAGAUCACCACGCUCUUUACCACCCUGAAUUGAAUCCACAACAUCAAAUACACAAGCCCAGGAGAGAUCCAGAACCAGACCCAGAUCCAGUUUCAGCUCCAUUAGCUACCACCAGUGCAACAGUAACUGCUACAGCUAACAGAUCAAGCCUGAAAUCACCACGGCAACAACUUCCAACAUCACAGCCCCCACCAGUAGAUGGUCCAACACCGACACCUAUCAGCUCUACUCCUUUGAUUAGAUAUAGAGAAUGUUUGAAGAACCACGCAGCCAGCAAGGGCGGCCAUGUUGUGGAUGGCUGUGGAGAAUUCAUGCCAAGCGGCGAAGGCGGCACCCUGGAAGCCUUGAAAUGUGCAGCCUGUGAUUGCCACAGGAAUUUUCAUAGAAAAGAAAUUAAUGGGGAAACACAAUAUGCACCAAGCUGUUAUUAUUCUUAUAAUCCCCACAGAAACAAUACAAGAAGAGAUCCUGCGCAUCCUCCUCAGCUUCAUCCUCAACAACCAGCCCCUCUUCAUCAACAAGGAUUCUCCCUUGGCUUGUCUACUAGUCCUUCUACCAUGCCAAUUGCACCUGUAAUGAUGAACUUUGGAGGUGGCGGACCCGCGGAGUCCUCAAGUGAAGAUCUGAAUAUGUUUCAUUCUAUUGCAGGAAGGCAAUCAUCAUAUCCACAGCCAUCAAAGAAGAGGUUCAGGACAAAGUUCAGUCAAGAGCAAAAAGAUAAGAUGAUGGAAUUGGCUGAGAAGUUGGGUUGGAGAAUCCAGAAGCGAGAUGAGCAAGAAGUGCAGCAGUUUUGUGCUCAAGUGGGAGUAAAGAGACAGGUUUUCAAAGUUUGGAUGCACAACAAUAAACAAGCCAUGAAGAAAAAGCAAAUGUAAGAAAGAUUUUUCUUCCAAGCACUUGAAAGUAGCAAACUCUCCCUAGAUAGAAUAAUUUUAGAUAAGAAAUGUGCAUAACCCAAUAGAGAGAAAUUAAGGAGGAAAUAGAUUAGAACUCUUACUAUAUUUACUAAUUAAUUUUCCACAUUUGUCAGACAUGUUUGUUUAACAUCAUUGAAUCUGUAAUCUUUGUAUUUCAGAUAAUUUCUGACAUAUCACAAUUCUUAGAAACUUUGGCAACACACAAAGA